AUGGAUUUAAUUUUGGACACUGUCACAUUUUGGGGAAAAAUUCUACGUUGUCUUUUAGAAUCUUUAAUUUACAAGAUAAUUUCCAAGAAAAAAAAGAAUGUUGCUGGAGAGAUUGUACUUAUAACAGGAGCUGCAAGUGGACUUGGGAGGCUAAUGGCCAUAAAAUUUGCCAGCCUUGGAGCCAUUUUAGUUCUAUGGGACAUUAAUGAAGAAGGCAAUAUAGAAACAUGUAGACUGGCCAAAGAAAAGGGUGAUGUGAAAGCAUUUGCCUAUAAGUGUGAUUGUACCAACAGGCAAGAGAUCUACCGAGUUGCUGAUCAGGUUAAAAAAGAAGUCGGUGACGUGACCAUCCUCAUUAACAACGCCGGAGUUGUCACAGGAAAGAUGUUUCUCGACAUUCCAGAUGACAUGGUGGAAAGAACAUUUCUUUUAAAUGUCCUCUCUCAUUUCUGGACUUGUAAGGCUUUCCUUCCUUCCAUGAUCAAAGCUAACCAUGGUCACUUAGUCUGUAUUUCAAGUGCAGCAGGACUCGUUGGAGUUAGCGGGCUAUCAGAUUAUUGUGCCAGCAAAUUCGCAGCUUUAGGCUUUGCAGAGUCUCUCUUCCUUGAAUUAAAUCUGGUAAAGAAAACUAAAAUUAAAACCACCAUCAUUUGCCCAUAUUUCCUCAAAACUGGAAUGUUUGAAGGUUGUACGACCAAGUAUCCACUUCUGUUGCCUCUACUGGACCCGGAGGAUGUGGCCCAAACAAUUUUAAAUGCUAUUUUAGAGGAACAAUUAUACGUAAUAAUACCAAAAAUGAUAACAUUUACAUUGUUUCUUAAACAAAUACUAUCUACAGAAAUGACGAUUGCUCUUGCGGAGUACCUUGGAGUACACACUUGCAUGGCUUCUUUCAAAGGGAGAAACACAGCAGACGAAGUUCAGACUGAAACCGAGAGAGAACACCUAUAG